UAGAAUAACCUAUUAAUUUACUUGAUUUUAUAUUGAUUGGAUUAUUUUUUUGUUAUCUAAACCUGCAAAAUAAGUUAUUCUUGUUUAUCAAUUUUUCAUAAAUUAUUUGAAUGUUUUCAUAAAUUAUAAUAUUUUAUAUUCUUUGAACACAAAAUUAAUUAUCUAAAUGUUUGAAUGUUUUCAUAAAUUAUAAUAUUUUAUAUUGUUUGAACACAAAAUUAAUUAUAGUAUUUCGUAAAUUAUGUUGUUUGGAAACAUAAAUAACAGUAUAAUAUUGUUUCCAUAAUUACUUUAUAAUAUAAAUAUGUAUUUAAUUUAAAAUUCUAUAGUAAAUAUUAGGUACAAGAAAACGUUUUUGUUUGAAUAAGAGAGAUGCAUUUAUAACAAAAAAACCUAGCCAAUUAUUUGGUAUAACUUAAUUGUUAUUCAAUAUUUAACCAUUAUUUUAACAUGAGUUUUGUUUUCAUUAUUAUUCAAUCCAUGAACCAGUUGUCAUUGAAGAUUGUUUGUGAACUCAAGAAACAAAAUACAUUAAUCUUUGUAAUCUAUCAUGUGUUAGAGAGCCGAGACAACAUCUUGGACGUUUGAUGGACUGAUUCAUGUUUUGGUUUUAGUUUUACUAUUAAUUUGUAUGCAAAAACUAUGAAGUGUUUUUUUGAAACACUACAAGAAAUGUUCUUACUAUUUAUUUGUGACGGUUAGAGACUAUAUUUCAGUGGUAAUCAGAGACGCAAUUAGCACGUUGUGAUAGUCACAAAAUAUGACAAAUUUGUUAUGUUAAUUGUAGUUGGUAAUUGUAUCAUUUUUAUUACUUUUAUAUAUGGUUGAUAUUUGUGACAGAAUAGUUACUAUAUGUAAUGGUCGUAACAUUGCAACAAUUUUUGUUACGAACAAAAUUUGCAACGAUUUAAGUUACAAAAAUAAAAAAAUAAAUUGCGACGACUGUAUUGUAACCACUAUGAAAUUAUCACAAAUAUGUCACAGUGUUUUUAUUGUAACGAAUUGUGUUUUAUUGUGAUAAAUAAUUUGGUCACAAUAUAACUAUUUUUUGUAGUGAAAUGAGAAGAUUAUCUGCAAAACUAUACAUGCUUUCUAAUCAUGUGGGGAUUAUAUAUCAUAUAGUUAUUGUUUCCUUCUUUUACCAUGCGAGUAUUUUCAUCAUCAGCGUACAACAAUAUCCAACAACAUUUUCACAGGUCUCUUAUAGGAUCUCCAACUACCAGUUUGCCCUUGCAAUUAAAAGUGUACCAAACUUUUUGCAGUAUAGCUUUAGUAUUAAAUACAUUCAAUUAUAUCAGCGACAUUUUUGAGACGGGUUUACCGGAGGUGACAACACGUAGUUAAUAUAUAUGACAUUAAGACAAUAUUUUAUUUUCUGAUCUUUAACAUUAAUCACCAUUAAAAAUGAUAUAAGAUUCAUCUUCACAACCACAAACGGAAGACCUGCCGUCCUCUACCAUCUCAAUACGAUUUUUGGAAAUUAUUAUGUUUUAGUUUUAUCUCACAUAUUGAUAAAUUAUGUGUAAUCGCCAGUUAUCUUUACUUUAUAAUGUAUAUUUACUGUAGUGUGUUCAUUAAAAUAUAUAAGCAGUAGGAAUAAAUUGAGACAAAUGAUAGUAAUUGUAUGUUAGAAAUAUAAAAUAUCAAAAUUGUGAAAUAAAUAUUGCAAGAAAAUCACAACUAAAAAAGAGAAAAAUCACAACUUGAAACAGGAGUACAACUAAAAAAUGUUGAUAAAUGUAAAGUAUAUAUAUAUUAUAUAUAUUUUACCAAAAAACUAUAUACACCUUCCGUUUCAUUUCAAGUGUAGUUUUGGAUUUGUGCACACAAAUUAAAUAAAUAAUUAAUUUUAUAUAUUUUUUAUAUAAAAACAUAAUUAUCUAUACACCUAACCAUAUCUCAAUCAAUAGAAAAAUAAAUUGUUGAAUAAAAUUAAUAUUUUUUUAUUAAAAAUCGAAAACGACACUUAUUUUAUAACGAUAAUUUUUUUCUGCAACGACAAUUAAUAUGAAAUAUAAAGAGUAUUAUAUAUAUAUAUGUGUGUGUGUGUUUCUCAAACCAAUCACUUUUUCUGGAUAUAGUAAAAUAUGUCCAGCUAUUCAUCCUAAUUAGUUAAUUGUUUUCAUAACUAUGAACAACGUGUUGUAAUUAACUGACAGUGUACACAAUGUUUUUUUUAAAGAUAAAAUAUAUAGAAAUAGCGAACAAGUUUGUUUAUGGUCAUUUUUUUUUGGUAAAAUUUAUGGUCAAUUUUAAUGUUACGUAUGUAAUAUUUGCAUUAUAAAAGUAAGUUGAACUUUUGAAACUUACGUUUUACAAUUUUAAUAUUCUGUUAAUGUCUUCACGUGUUCAUGCAAACGAUGAUUUUUAAUCUGGCCAAACAGAGUAGAUUAGACAGAUAAUCUGUGAAAAGCAUGUUUCAAAAAAAAUGUGUGAAAAUCCCCGACUAAUAAAAUAUCAAUAGUCUGUCAAUUAACAAAUUUUGAACAUGUGAUACUUUCAUGUAAUGUGCUAUCUUAUUAUACAAAAUGGACAAUUUAUCAAAUAAAUGUCCUGAAAAGCAAAUCUUAUCUCCCAAACCAUGAUUAAUAUCCUUAAUUUAGUAAAUUAAAAUUCCAUAUAAAUUAAAAUAAUUAGACAAAUCAUGACUCCCUUGACAUCAUUGUUGUUUCUAAAAAUAUGUCCGCAUACUUAUAAAUACAUAUUAACAAAUUUGUGUAGACGAGAAAACGUGCAUAAUAAGGAGUGCAUAGUAACGCUGACUAUUAUUACUAUAUUAAUUAGUGAAAAACAAAAGCUAUCCAACAGUGGAAGAUAUAGACUCAAUUAACGGUGCCAUAAAUUAAAGGUUUGAAAAGAAAAAACCAUGUUGCACAACUAGAAGAAGAAACCAAAAGUCCAAAGCCACCAUCGUAUGGUCCAUGUGGUCAGUAUCCAUGGGGUUAAUAUAAAGGAUCUUUACAUUUCCCCAUUAUUUCGGUGAACCCCUAGUCUUGGUUUGCAAACCAAGAUCUUACAGUAUAAUGGAUCUUUACAAUUCCCCAUUAUUUCGGUUAAUUCUCGUCGCAACUUUCAUCUUCCACGACUUGUGUUCUUCAGAUGAAGCUGGUUAUUAUAGUUUUCUGAAAGAUGCUACAUCGGGACCAACGUUAUCUCACUUUGACUACAUAAUCAUCGGAGGAGGAACCGCCGGAUCUGCACUAGCCGCAACGCUCUCUCAAAACGCCACCGUUUUAGUUCUCGAACGCGGCGGGUCCCCUUACGACAACCCGGCAGCCACGGACAUCGGAAACUUCGCAAACACACUCAUAAACAUAACCGACCCAAACUCAUGGUCGCAGCUUUUCAUCUCCGAAGACGGCGUUUUCAACACACGCGCACGUGUGCUAGGAGGAGGAACGGUGCUAAACGCUGGAUUCUAUUCACGUGCGGAAGAUGAGUUCGUGGCGGAAACUGGUUGGGUAAGAGAAGAGGUCGAAGCUGCUUACGAGUGGGUCGAGAAGAAGUUGGUGUUCGAGCCACAUAUUAAGGGAUGGCAAACGGCGUUUAUAGAUGGUCUUUUGGAGGCUGGAGUGGUUCCGUAUAAUGGUUUCACCUACGAACAUGUUCAUGGGACCAAAGUUGGUGGUACGAUAUUUGAUCCGGAUGGUCAUAGACACACGGCGGCUGAUUUGUUGGAAUAUGCUAAUCCGAAUACGAUUGCUGUCUACUUGCACGCUUCUGUCCAUAAAAUCCUCUUCACCACUAAAGGGAACUCAAGGCCCAAGGCAUAUGGGGUGAUAUUUCAAGAUGCAAAUGGAGUGUUCCACACAGCUGAACUUACGGUACAAGACGCAAGGAGUGAGGUGAUCUUAUCAGCGGGCGCCAUCGCAAGUCCUCAACUAUUGAUGCUGAGUGGUGUAGGCCCUGCAGCCCAUCUUGCAGCCCAUGGGGUGAAUCCUAUCAUCUUAGACCACCCAAUGGUUGGACAAGGGAUGGGUGAUAACCCAAUGCACCCGGUCUUCAUCCCUUCUCCUAAACCCGUAGAGGUAUCCCUUGUCCAAGUAGUUGGGAUACCUAACUUUUCUAGUUACAUUGAAGGUGGAAGUGGCUUAAGUCUCUCCAUUAGUUUGACUCGUACCUUCUUCAAUGGCGUUUUAGAUCUUCUUAAUAAGCUAAAGUUCCCUAGCCAAUCCAUCUCAAACCUUUUGAAAUCGUUGGAUCUUGGAUUAAACGUGACGACACAAGCGGGUGUGAUUAUUCAGAAAGUGUCUGGACCUCUCUCUCGAGGUCACUUGGAGCUGCGGAACACAAAUCCAGAUGAUAACCCUUCGGUGACAUUCAACUACUACCAAGACCCAGAGGAUUUGAAUAACUGUGUUAAAGGACUUAGUGCUAUCAUAAAUGUGAUAGAUUCGAAGGGAUAUUCCAGUUACAAGUACCCUGGAGUAAACGGGCGUGGACUAUUAAAUCUCAUUCUUGCUCUUCCUAUCAAUCUGAGGCCAAGGCACAUAACUUCUACGUCUGAUUUGAAGCAGUAUUGUAUGGAUACGACGAUGACUAUUUAUCAUUACCAUGGAGGUUGUCAAGUUGGAAAUGUGGUCGAUAAUGAUUACAAAGUAUUAGGGGUUGAUGCUUUGAGGGUCAUCGAUGCAUCCACGUUUCUCAAGUCUCCAGGGACUAAUCCUCAAGCCACAAUCAUGAUGCUCGGAAGGUAA